AUGCUUUCUGCUUAUUCGAAAUCAGGGAACCUAUUAGAAAUGGAAAAGAUCUUUCAUAGCAUGCCGAAACGAGAUGGUGUCUCAUGGAACUCAGUUAUUUCAGGUUACGCUAGUUUUGGUUCUUGUGAUAAAGCAUUAAAGGCGUAUAAGUUGAUGUUAAAAGAGGGAAAAUCUGUGAAUUUGAAUAGGAUUACAUUUUCGACUAUGCUCAGUUUAUCCACAAACAACGGGUUUCUUGAUUUGGGUAAACAGAUUCAUGCGCAGAUAGUAUCUCAUGGGUUUCAGUCUUACGUAUUUGUGGGUAGUCCAUUGGUUGAAAUGUACUCAAAAGCAGGUAUUAUAAAUGAUGCAAGACAAGUGUUCGAUGAAUUGCCUGAGAGAAAUAUCGUAAUGUAUAACACAAUGAUUAUCAAUCUUCUCCGUAGUGGCAUGAUUGAAGAUUCAGAGCAAUUAUUUCAUCUCACACCUGAAAAAGAUUCAAUCACUUGGACAACCAUGAUUACAGGGUUUACAGAAAACGGUUUAUCCAAAAAAGCAAUCGAUAUAUUCAGAGAAAUGAGAAAGCAAGGGCUCAGUAUAGAUCAGUUCACAAUUGGAAGCAUCUUGAAAGCUUGUGGAGGAACUCUGUCUCUAAAAGAAGGUUCCCAAAUCCAUGCAUACAUCAUAAGAACUGACAUCAUGGACAAUGUAUACGUUGGAAGCUCCCUUGUUGACAUGUAUGUAAAAUGUAAACAUGUAAACUAUGCAGAAACAGUAUUCAGUAAAAUGAAAGUCAAAAACAUUGUUUCUUGGACUGCAUUGAUAGUGGGGUAUGGGCAAAACGGUCAUUGUGAAGAAGCAAUAAGGUGUUGUUGUGAAAUGCAAAGAAAUGGAAUACAUUCAGAUGACUUUACACUUGGAAGUGUCAUAAGUUCAUGUGGGAAUCUUGCUAGUUUAGAAGAAGGUGAACAGUUUCAUUGUCAUGCAAGAGUUUCAGGUUUGAUUUCUUUCAUAACUGUUUCCAAUUCACUUGUAUCCUUCUAUGGAAAAUGUGGAACAAUUGAGAAAUCUAGACAGAUGUUUAAUGAAAUGAAAGUCAAAGAUGAGGUGUCAUGGACUUCUUUGAUUUCAGGGUAUUCCCAAUUCGGGGAAGCCAAUAAAACAAUCGAUCUUUUUGAAAAAAUGUUGACUAGUCAACUCAAGCCAGAUGGAGUAACAUUUAUAGGUGUUCUUUCAGCUUGUAGUAGAGCAGGAUUAGUUGAAAAAGGGAAAAAGUAUUUCAAAUCAAUGACACAAGAACAUGGAAUUGUUCCAGUUUCUGAUCAUUAUAGUUGCAUGAUUGAUCUAUUGAGUAGAGCUGGAUAUCUUGAAGAAGCUAAAUGUUUUAUAAAUGAUAUGCCUUUUUCCCCUGAUGCAUUUGGAUUAUCUACAUUACUUAGUUCAUGUAGAUCUCAUGGGAAUUUUGAAAUCGGUAAAUGGGCUUCAAAGUGUUUACAAGAAUUAGAGCCUCAGAAUCCUGCAAGUUAUGUGUUGUUAUCAGAAAUGUAUGCUGCUAAAGGGAUAUGGGGUGAGGUGGCUAAUUUAAAAAGUGAAAUGAGAGAUAAAGAUAUAAGAAAAACACCAGGGUUUAGUUGGAUUAAAUAUAAAAACAAAGUGCAUGUGUUUUCAGCUGAUGAUAGAUCGAGUCCUUAUUUAGAUAGGAUUUAUAAUGAGCUUGAGAAGUUAAACAUUAAGAUGAUAGAAGAAGGGUAUGUUCCUGAUGUAAGAUUUGCUCUUCAUAAUGUGGAAGAGAGUGAGAAAAUAAGAAUGCUUAAUCAUCAUAGUGAGAAACUUGCUAUUGCUUUUGGGUUGAUUUUUAUUCCUAAGGGUAUGAUUAUUAGAGUUGUUAAAAACUUGAGGGUAUGUGGGGAUUGUCAUAAUGCAACUAAGUUAAUUUCAAAGAUCACAAAGAGAGAGAUUCUUGUGAGAGAUUUAGUUCGGUUCCAUUUGUUUAAAGAUGGAAAGUGUUCUUGUGGAGAUUUUUGGUGA